AUGGGUGACCUGUCGUAUUCCUCAAAUGUGUGGUGGAGUAUGGUUAAGGGUUCUGUUGAACGAUGUUACAAAGAAUGGCUAACUUGUGAACCAGUGGCUCGGCUUCGGUUGCGUCCUCGGUUGGAUCCAACGGCUCAGCACUGGCCACGAACUGAGCGACGUGCCUUGGCAAUGUUACUGCAAGCUAUUCCGGAAACUAUUCGGGAUGACGUGGUGGCCUCCAGGAAACUCACGGUUGACCAGGUCUUGUUCAAAUUGUUGAUCACCUUCCAGCCUGGAGGAGCUGGGGAAAAAACUCGGUUGCUUCAAGCCAUCACGGGUGGGGAUUGUGGUAACACGGUUCAUGCGGUAGUUGAUUGGGUCAGGAACUGGCGUAGGAACGUUACCAGAGCCAGCGAGUUGGGUUUGACACUCCCGGAUUCCUUGGUUUUGGUGGGUGCCUUACAGGGUGCUACGGAAUGGCUCAGUCAAAGAUCCCCCCAAUUGGCCUAUCGGUUGAAUUUGGUGAGACAACAAUUGUCCUUGGAUCAACAACCUACUUUUGGGGAUGUUUGGACGUUUGUUGAUCAUCUUCAAGCUGAAGCCGAGGACCUCCUGAAUGCUACAGGUACUGUUGCCAUGAAUCCCGCAAAUUCCCAACAAAACUCCAAGGGGACCACCAAUAAAGUGGGUAUCAAGGCUUUGCAACAGGGUGCUCAUGAAGGGUAUGGUAACCCCAAGGGUAACAAUGAUGGUUCAACAGACAGGAAGGGUUCAGUUCCAAAGGGUGUUCAAGCUGUGAAUGCCGAUUCGGUUAAGUCCACCAAUCCUUGCAGGUUUUGGGGCACUGAAGGGGGUUGUCGUAGAGCUGACAAGUGUAAGUUUGUUCACACUGUGUUGACCAGUAAAGAGAACCGAUGUUUUGGUUGUUCGGGUACGGGUCACGCAAAAAAGGAUUGCCCUCACAUGCAACCAAAGGAAUCCAAAAAGGUAGCCAAGUCGAAGGUUAAGGGAAGUCCUGACAAGCCUUCUGAAGCUGCUUCUGUUGGGGGGAGUGAAACGGUUGAAGGAAGUGUGAAGGUAGGUGAGAGUAGCUCUUCCUCGGCUCCGGCCGACGACCAAAAGAAAGGCUCCUCAACCCCUCCGGGGGACAGUACUGGAGGAAGUCAGUUGGAUGCAUUGCUGAGUGAAGCUGCGCUGCUGAUGAAGUCACUGAGACCUAGUUUGAAAAUGGUUUCUCUCAAGAAAAUGGAACAUGGUGAACUGGCGACCGGGCUCCUGGAUGGAGGUGCAACAAACGCUCUCAGGGUUGGGUCACCACAGGAACUUCGAAAUGCCAUUCCUGUCCAGGUGGAGUUGGCCGCUGGUUCCAUUGAGCUUUACCAGGACGUGCAAACGGGCACGUUGUUGUCCCACCAACAUGUGGAGCCGAUUGUCCCUGUCCGGGGACUGAUCUCCUUAGGAUACCGGGUGAAAUGGGACAGCCAAGGAUGUGUGAUUCUGCAUCCGCAGCGAGGUCGAUAUGAGGACCGGUUUGGGUUGCCUGGCCUGUCAGCUGCAGAUCAGCUCAAGGCGGACAGGGAUGCUGCUUUGGUUCUCAAGCAACAGGGUCUUUUGUGGAUUGCUGAGGAACACCGUGCCUUGGAUUCGCCACCGGCUUCAGGUACUCAAGGUGCUGAUGACAAGGGUCAAAAGGGUGAGGGUAUCCCCACCGAGCCACCAAAUUCGGAAAGUCCCGAUGGUCCACCAGUUGAUGACUGGGGGGAAGGUCUGGACGAAACUGUGUUUCCACUUGAGCCUCCAGUGGACAUGGAUGCGGACAAACCUGAGAAGCCUGAGAGUGAUCUUGUUAUUCCAAAGCCACCCUCCGGGGAACGGCCGGAUCUUGGUGUUGAGUCUGACAUGUCUCAACUUGUGGAUGCAUGUUCCGCUCCUCUGCAGGUACAACAGGUGACAAUCAUUCACCCCAUGGAAUCCCGUCAUGCUAGUCAAGUCGUGCAUGGUUUGAACACGGUUUUGACUCGGUUCAAAUAUAUUGGUAUUCAUGUGGUUCGCGUACACAGUGACCGUGCCAAAGAAUUCCUUUCGCAUACUAUCCAAAAAUGGAUAGCUGCUCAGGGUAUUGUCCAAACUAUGACCAGUGGAGAUGACCCAGCUGCCAAUGGUCGGGCCGAAAGUGAAGUUCACCAGGUGAAGCGUAGGAUUCGGUUUUUGUUGCGCCAGUCUGGUGAACCCUUGUCCCAUUGGCCGGUGGCCGCUCGGUAUGCUGCUGAACAGAGAAUGCGGGUCCAACUCUCAAAGUUGGGUUGCAACGUGUUGCCGAUGCUGCCGUUUUUCUCCCAAGUGGCUGUGAAACGUAAACGGUGGCACCAACCUGGUGCAUUAGCUCCACCUUUUGUCAGUGCUCGCCUCCUUUGUGCCAGUCACUUGAUGUCUUCGGGAUGGGUGGUCAGAACAGACCAAGGUCAAGUCAUGCAUGUGAGAGAAGCUGUCUUGCCCUCUCCUCUUGGAGACGAAGUGGCAUUACAGCUCCAGGAACAACCAAGGGGGGAGCUGGUUAUGAGUGAAGAACCUUACCCUGCAAAACCACGCAUGAGGGUUUACGGUAAACAACCCCCCGAAGGUCAGGUUCGGUUUUCUGUUCCUCGUUCCUUGGAUGCUCCAAAAGAUGGAGCUGUCAGUGUCUUGGGUCCUCCGCUUCGAGGCAGUUUCUUGGAUGCUCCGUUGGGGGGAGCGGCUUCAUCUUCGUGUGCCUUGGAUGCUCCUGCUGGGGCUGUCGGUGACUUGGAUGGUGACUCAGAUGGGUACUCGCAAAGCAUCUUGGAUGAUGCUGACGUCGGUGCCUUGGAUCCGGAAGAGCCUUCCGGGGGGGUAAGGUUGCAGAGGCACACCACUGAACCCGAAUGCAUAAGGACGCGGGAGACGCAACGCACGCGUAGGAGGAAAGAGGACGGUGGCUUCCCACCUGUGAACUAG